UUUUUUUUUUUUUUUUUUUUAUCUUUUGUAUGCAUACAAAAGUAUCGUUUAAAAGGGUUUUUUCUUUUUAAGAUAGAUGACUGGAUGGACGUUAAAAUCGAGUUAAAAUGAAUUAAAUUGAAUUAAAUUUCUUGAGACACGCGUUGAAUGGGAAUUUUUGAUGUCUAAUUUUUCCGAAGAAGGAAAAGAAAAUGAAUGAUGGAAUUUAUGGAAUGUAAUGAGAAACUUUUUUGAAAUUUAAAAUUUAUAUAAUAUGGCAUUAAAUUUCAUUGGUUUAAUUCCAUUCCAUGCAUAAUAUGGAAUUAUGAUCUGUCGAGGCGAUUUACAUUAGUACAAAUACUCAUACUCAAUAAAGCAGUGCUCGCAGCAUAUUCGUUUGAUUAACUGAUUUAUAUACGAAAUAUACAUUCUUACUAUUUAAAUAUAUUAUGAUGGCGAAGCUUCGCUGCAAGAUCGCUGUCAUUUUAAUCAUUUCAAUCGAAAUAACUGCUAUAAUGUAAUGCAAUAAGGUCAGCAGACCACGUGGCGUCAUCUCUAGAAAUCUGACGCAUAUAAACCACGAGAUCAACACUCGUGAGUUUUAUGAGGCGUUUUAUGAAACUUAAACUAUCACAAUAAUUACAUGUCACUUCCUGUUUACAAAAAUUAGCAGAAAUAAUUUAAUCUAUUUUUAAACAAUAUAGUAAUAAAUCUGGUUUGUAAUAAAACUAUGCAAGUGACAAAUAAGUAUUAAAAGAUUCACGUUAUUUAUAUUGGCAUUAUUAAAGAUAGAUAUAUCUAUAUAUUUGCUUAAUUAUACGGCAUAUGAAUUUAAUUUUAUCGAUUUUGCUAUAAUAUAAGAAAUCGUGUUUUUCACACAGAACAUGAAAUUUGAACUACAAAGAUAAAUUAAAAAAAUAUAUAAUUACGUUAUAAAGAAAAUAGAAAGAAACCUGAUAUCUAUAAAGGCUUAAUUUAUUUUAUUAUCAGAAUCUGCUAUUAGCCUUGGUUACACUGAAUUACCGACAUAGAUAUAAUCACACUUUAUGAAAAUUAUUUCAUGUAGCCACAACGUGGCGUGAUAUGCAAGAAAUGUGUAAUAAAAAUGCAAUCAUUUUUUUAUCCAAAAUAAAUAAAAGACAACGCUGUUUGCAAUUUUCGAAAAAGUAUGAAAUUAUAUAUCAGACGAUCAUAAUUGAGAUAAUUAAUAUAUGAAAAAUGAUUGGGUUAAAACUUUUUGCAUUAAUGUGUCGAACCUUUGUUAGCAGAGCUUAAAAAAAAUCUCACGUGAAAAAAAUAUGUAAAAAUAUAAUAUGUUAUAUAACAAUUAUUUACAAUUGACAAUAAUGAUAAUAUAUAUUUACGAUAACUUUAUUACGUAUACGAAUAAAUAGAAAAAAUUGUAAUUGAUAUAGAUUUUUAAAAAUAGUCGUUUUAAAAAUAUGAACAGCCGAUAAAUAAGUCGUUCGUGUCAACCUUUUCGACGGAGAAGUACGUCGUAGAUGGCGCGCCGAUGAUACACGUGGCGCAAUCCCAGAGCAAAUUUAAAUCCAUACCAUCGAGACUCGUGAUAAUGUGAGAGAUGGAAAUGCGUGAAAUGAUAAGUGAGAAAAAGAUACAUAUAAGUGGUGAAGUGAGGCGAGCCAAUCCAACUUCGAAUCCUUCGUGCUGCACUUCAGAAGAGAGCGGAAUAGAGUGGAAUGGAGAUACAUACCGUAGAGGUAAGACGAACAUCGAUAUCGCUCAAGUGAGAGCCAAGCGUUGAAAAGAGAGAGGACGAGAAAAGGGAGAAAGUGUCAAAAGAAGCAACAAAGAUAAUCGAUCGAGGAGGAAUAAAGAGCACGAACGACAACGAGGAGGUAACAAGGGAAGAAGGACAGGCGAUUCAAGGAACAGAGACGAAAGAUCGAGCGAGAAAGAGAGUAACGAUGACAAGUAACGCUGGAAAGAAACAACGAUAUAGAAGAAGAGAGCACGAUCGAUAGAGUGGGAAGCAAAGAGAAAGAGAUUACGGAGCAACGAGGAAAGCUAUCGGUCGCGGUGGAAGAGUGGGGAUAAGGAGUGAGAAAGAGAGACAGAACGAAGCACAGAGGGAAAGAGCGAGACAGGCGUAACCGUGGAAGCUCGUCACGGGAGUUGGUCCUCCGCUGUUGGAGAGCGCGGAAUCGUGGAGUAGAGGCAGCCGACGACGCACUGUCCGGGUCGUGGUUCUCGUCGCGGCUCCUGUUCUCUUCUCGCGGCAGUUUCGUUCGGGUUGAAUGGACGAGGGUACCAAGUGCAGAGUGCCGAUCGGCGACGCCUGCGUGUCUAUGCGCGUGUGCUUUGACUCUUUGUGCUUCUCGUCGACGCAGCAGCGGCUCGCCGACGAGGAGGACGCUUCACAGCUGCCGACACACGGCGCCGUGGCCGUGGUCGCUGCAGCCGGCCAGAGGGCCAUUUCGAACGUCACCGGAGCGUCCACGAUUACAGCGAUGGGCACCCUUCGAGAGCUGCAGGAGUUGCUGCGUGUCAAGGACGAGAAAAUCGUCGAGCUCGAAGCGCUUCUCUGUCGUCGCGAUGCCGAGAUACAAGAAUUACGAAGUCAUCUCGACAAGUUUCUCAGUGUGCUUCCCUUUAAAUCACCCUUGACACCGACGAAACCGAGGCCCAGGAAGCAAAGGGCUCAGGGAAUUUCCGCGGAACCACCGCUGCAAGAGCUUGCUACGCUGACAAUCGUCGACAAGAGCGACAGAUCUCGUGAACUGAUCAAAGCAGCCAUUUUGGACAAUGACUUCAUGAAGAACCUCGAGCUGACGCAGAUCCGAGAGAUCGUGGAUUGCAUGUAUCCUGUUACCUUCUCGGCUGGUUCAACCAUCAUACGUGAAGGAGAUGUUGGUUCCAUUGUGUAUGUUAUGGAGGAGGGGAAGGUCGAGGUGUCGCGUGAUGGUAAAUAUUUGAGCACGUUGGCACCAGGAAAGGUACUUGGCGAACUGGCAAUUCUCUACAACUGCAAAAGAACAGCGACGAUAACAGCAGCUACCGAUUGCCAGCUAUGGGCCAUCGACCGACAAUGCUUCCAAACCAUUAUGAUGAGAACUGGUCUUUCACGCCAGGCCGAAUAUACGGAUUUCUUAAAGAGCGUUCCUAUCUUCAAGAAUUUGCCCGAGGAGACUCUAAUAAAAAUUUCAGACGUAUUGGAAGAGACUUUUUACAACAAUGGGGAUUACAUAAUCAGGCAAGGAGCGAGAGGAGAUACAUUUUUCAUAAUAAGCAGAGGACAAGUUCGCGUCACGAUAAAACAGCCCGAUACACCGGAAGAAAAAUAUAUCAGGACUCUAAGCAAGGGCGAUUUCUUCGGUGAAAAAGCUCUUCAAGGGGAUGACCUGAGGACGGCCAACAUAAUCGCCGACGAUCCGGAAGGAGUGAGUUGCCUGGUGAUAGACCGUGAAACGUUCAAUCAACUAAUCUCGUCCCUGGACGAAAUUCGUACGCGAUACAAAGACGAGCUCGUUGAACGUAGAAGGUUGAACGAGGAAUUCAGAGAUCUAAGACUGCAAGAUCUUCGACCAUUGGCCACUCUAGGUGUGGGCGGUUUCGGAAGAGUCGAAUUAGUUCAAAUAGCUGGUGACAGUUCGAGAUCCUUCGCUUUGAAACAGAUGAAGAAAGCCCAGAUUGUUGAAACGCGACAGCAACAACACAUUAUGUCAGAGAAGAGAAUUAUGGGGGAGGCUGAUUGCGAUUUCGUGGUAAAGUUAUUCAAAACGUUCAAGGAUAGAAAGUAUCUUUACAUGCUGAUGGAAGCCUGUCUUGGUGGCGAGCUUUGGACCGUUUUAAGAGACAAGGGUCACUUUGACGACGGCACGACGAGAUUCUACACUGCUUGUGUCGUAGAAGCAUUCGAUUAUCUUCAUUCUAGGAAUAUUAUAUACAGAGAUCUCAAACCGGAAAAUCUCUUACUUGACAGUCAAGGAUAUGUAAAACUCGUCGAUUUUGGUUUUGCCAAACGUUUGGAUCAUGGAAGAAAGACGUGGACCUUCUGUGGCACGCCUGAAUACGUUGCGCCGGAAGUUAUAUUAAAUAAAGGACACGAUAUCAGUGCCGAUUAUUGGUCUCUUGGUGUUCUGAUGUUCGAACUUCUUACGGGUACACCACCAUUCACUGGUGGCGACCCAAUGAAGACUUAUAACAUUAUUUUAAAAGGAAUCGACGCUAUAGAAUUCCCUAGAUCUAUCACGCGAAACGCGACUGCGUUAAUUAAAAAGCUCUGCAGGGACAAUCCAGCAGAGCGUCUUGGUUACCAAAAGGGUGGCAUUAGCGAAAUACAGAAACACAAAUGGUUCGAUGGUUUUAAUUGGGAAGGAUUAAGAGCAAGAACUCUUGAACCUCCAAUCAUGCCGCGAGUUCAAAAUGCUACAGAUACAACGAACUUUGACGAGUAUCCUCCAGAUUCAGAUCCACCACCACCCGAUGAUAUAUCCGGAUGGGAUAACGAUUUUUAGUCAAGAUCUAUUAAUAAUUCCUUUAAAGAAAUUGCUCUUGAAAAAGAAGUACGUGAUACUUCGAACCGUGUUCGACAAAUAGCGAGAAAAAGUUUAAAGAUCGGUGGAGAAUAUGAGUAUCAGCAUCUGCAUUUAUUCAAUAAGCUAAUAUGUGAUGUAUAGAUAACAUCGAUCAUCGAAAAACAUGAUAUGGAUAAAGACGAAACUGGUCUGUGAUAAAAGAAUCAGGCCAUUAAAAAAGUAAGUUUUUCAAAAAAUCUUCGUGUUUGUUACGUAAUCUAUGGAUGUAAAUGAUCGCACCGUAAUAUCCAAGGAGGCAUACGAAUUUUUUACUCAAGACGAUUAUUAAUCCAUAAAGAUUAUUGAUAUAAAUUGCAUCCGAUUUAGAAAAAUAUUUACACACACGAGCUCGCGUUCGAUAAAAUAAAAAUUCGAACGUGGCAUCGUGAGAUGCGCACUAAUGCGUCAAGUGCCAUAUCUAAAAAUGGUAAAAGUCGAAUACGAUAUGUGUGUAUAGAAAGAAUGACCAUACGACAUGCACGAUAUUCAGUUAGCUCAAAUUGUAAGAAACAUCUUGCCAUCAGAUUCUUAAAUCGUGCACUCGGUUUCGCAGAAUGAAUCACAUUGAAUUCUUCUCAUAACCGAUUCAUUGUUGUUUGAUUUACUUUAUAGUUUAUUGUAAUAAUUCUAUUUUAAUUAAUUAAUACGAAAACGUGACUCUUGUAAAUAAUUGACUAUAAAUAAAUAUAUAUAUAUUACAUAUAUAUACUUAAAGUUCAAUGAAUAUCAAUAAUAAAGUUUUAUUAAUGCUAA